AUGUCAGUUAUCCGUGUGGCGCCCGCACAUCUAUUUUCCCCACCCUUUAGAAACAGAAGAAAAAAAAAUAACUCCACCCGAAGUUUUAUGGCUUCUCAUCACCCGACCGGUACCUACUCUCUCUCUCUCUCUCUCUCUCUCUCUCUCUCUCUCUCUUUUCAUUUAUCUCUCUUUCUCGUUCUCCUUUUCUUUCUUUCUCGCUCUCCCUUUCUCUCUCUUCCUUUCUUUCUCUAUCUUUCUUUUUUCUCCCUCUUUCUUUCUCUCUCUCACUCUCUCGCUCUCUUUUUCUUUCUUUCUUUCUUUCUUUCUUUCUUUCUCUUUUUUCUCGCUCUCCCUUUCUUUCUUUCUCUUCCUUUCUCUCUCUCUCUUUCAUUCUUUCUCUUUCUUUUUUCUUUCUUUAUUUCACUUUUUCUUCCUUUGAUCCCACCCUCUUCUUUCUUUUCUCUUUCUUUUACUUUCACACUUUUCUCUUUGACUGAUUCAUUUUUUUUUAAUUCUUUCUACACCUUUUUUUAUAUUUGUUUUCUGUCUUCCUUGAUUGGAUAUUAUUUAUUCUAUCUAUCUAUCUAUCUAUCUAUCUAUCUAUCUAUCUAUCUAUCUAUCUAUCUAUCACUUUCACACUUUUUUUUUUUCAAAUAUCGAUCGAGGUUUCUCUACUCCAUAUUGUAA